AUGGGUACGUUUGAUGAUUUCGAAACCAUUUCAGAGAGAGAUUCGGGUGUAAGAUCUUCNCAAGAAUUCCUCGAUUGCAGUACCAGUUUUUGCCAUUUUAGCUUACAAUCAGCCAUACGAGACGAUCAAGCACGAUUCGAAUUUACAUCGUCACAACUAGGCUUUUUUCCAUUCGUUUCAUCUGAGCCACUUCAGUUGAAUAACUCUAAUGCGAAAAAAACGACCAACGCCAAGACAUUAACGAAAACUGACAAAAACUGGUACUGCAAUCGAGGAAUUCUUGUUCUCUACAACACUAAUCACACCAAAACAUGUCUAUGUCCACCAUCGUAUUACGGUAAGCGGUGCCAAUGGCAAAAUCAACGUAUUAGCUUAACGCUUCAAUUUAUCUAUCAAACCAAUGCAUCCAAUGCGGGCUCAAUAUUUCAAUUAGUUAUUACGCUGAUUGAUCAACAAAAAUAUGUUACAUCCUAUCACGAACAAAUUCUUUACAUUCCUGAGGAAAAUUGUGACACAAAGUUUAAUAUUUAUCUACUCUAUCCUACUAAACCAAAGAAUCGCUCGGCUAAUUAUUCAAUCCAUAUUGAUAUAUUUGAUAAACUAACCUUGGUAUAUUAUGGAAGUUGGUCUUUGUCAAUUCCAUUUCAGUUUUUACCUGUUAAUCGUAUUGCUACUCAAAUAUCGAUUCCAAGCACACCGAUGAUUCCACCGAAAUCAUGUCCAUUAGCUUGCGGUCAUCACGGUCGAUGUGUCGAAUACUUAAAUAAGAAGAACUCGUACUUUUGCCAAUGUCAACAAGGAUACUCUGGUGCACAGUGUCACAUUCAACACAAUUGUUCAUGUUCAUCCAAGUCUCUAUGUCUCUCAUCUUCGAUUUGUGUUUGCCCAUUGAAUAAAUUCGGUUCAAAAUGUUAUUUAAAUCAUUCGAUUUGUCAACAAACCAAUAAUCCUUGUGAAAACAAUGGCCUUUGCGUUCCCGUCGACGAUCGCAUGGGUUUACACAAGUUCUUUUGCUUAUGCCCUGAUGGUUUCUACGGCAAAACAUGUCAGUACAAUCAAAACCGUAUUGACAUCUACUUCGAUCCGAACAAAAUCAAUAUGAGGCCAUUCAUAUUUGCACAUUUCAUUCGCGCAUCGGAAAACGAUAAUCGUCAAUAUACCACAGUAUUGAAAAAAGUUCACAUACAACAAAAUCUUCUAACACUUUAUAUGACAUUUCCAUUUCAUUUGAUUUUUAUUGAACUAGUCGACCAUAAAUUCUAUUUAGCUGUGGUACGUGAGACAUUCUUCGAAUCCGAACAUAUCCAAGCAAGUAUUCUCUCCGAUCAACAAUGUUAUCAUAUUAAUCAGAUCAUGAACAAAACAUUGCUUCAGUAUCCAUUUCUUCGUCGGACGAAAUAUUAUCCUCUGCUAUGCCAACAAAACUCUCAACUGAAGUGUUUUCAUGAUGAAUAUCAAAUGUGCAUUUGUGAUCGAUAUCGUUUUUCGAAUUGCUUCGCAUUUAAUAUCUCGUCGAUCUCCUACGAUUGCCAAGGCAAGAAUAUCUGCGAAAACAAUGCCUUUUGUUUACAAGAUAAUCCAACAUGUCCUACACGAUCGAUAUGCAUUUGUCAGCAGUGUUACUACGGUACAAAGUGUCAAUUUUCAACCAGAGGCUUCGUUUCAUCGCUUGAUUACAUUCUCGGGUAUCAUAUUGUUCCACAUCGAUCAAUUCAUCAACAAUCAUUUAUUAUUAAAAUGACUAUUGUAAUCACAUCACUCAUGUUGUGUCUUGGAUUGAUCAAUGGGCUCCUAUCGAUUAUGGCCUAUGAGAUCCAAGAAAUAAAAAGUAUUGGUUGCGGCUUAUACUUAUUGAUAUCAUCAUGGAACUCGAUAUGUUUGAUUAUUAUGUUAGUUAUUAAAUGUUGGCAUUUGUUUUUAUCUCAAAUAUCAGUGUUGAACAAUCGUUCGUACCUGAAGUUUAGCUGUGUGUCGUUGGAUUUCAUUCUUAAUAUUCUCAUUGCUACCAAUGAUUGGUUCGGCGGAUGUAUAUCGAUUGAACAAGUAUUCGUUACAUAUAAAGGCGCGAAUUUCAAUCAGAGCCAGAGCAAAAAAUUAGCAAAACGUAUUAUUUUUGGAAUAUACGUUUUAACAGUUCUAACCAAUAUCCAUGAUCCAUUCUACCGUCAAUUAAUCGAUGAUGUCGAUAUUGACGAACGGCGAACAUGGUGCAUUGUUCAAUAUUCACCAACAGUUGAUACUUAUAACACAAUCGUUACAUUUUUUCAUUUUCUUAUUCCUUUCGCGAUGAAUUUCUUCUCGACUACAUAUAUCAUCGUUCUCAUGGCGCAUUCGCGUGCAACGACACAACCGCGAACAACAUUGCGAACGAAUCUACGUGAGCAAUUUCGCCACCACAAACACAAUUUGAUUGCAUCCUGUGCAUUGUUGCUAUUAGCUUUACCGCGUUUGAUUAUCUCGUUUGUCAGUCGAUGUAUGAAAUCAUCACAAAAUCCAUCAUUAUUUCUCAUCGGCUAUCUCGUUUCAUUCGUCCCAUCGAUGAUGACACUUACCGUCUUCAUCAUGUCGGCAGAUGGUUACAAAGAAGAAUUCUAUUCAGUCAUUCGACGAGUUUUUAUAAGAUUUCAUCGCAUGAGAGUCGGAGUCAUGAGUUAG